CGCUCCUUCUUUAGUUGAUGAUCGUUGGUUGAAUGAUUCUUCCGGGGGGGUCCUUUGAUUCGUCUCUGCUUUCUUUCCAGAUUGGUUGCUUGGGGGGGGACGUGGGGGCUACGUGCUCUUCUUGGAUUGUUUUUUGGGUGGUCGCCUUGGGUAUCUGUCAACUUUCGUGUUGCGCCGGGCUGGUGAAACCUUGUGCAGAUUAUAGUCUGAGAUACGGGAUGACAGUGUUAACGAACGGAUUCCUCCAAGGUUGUCUGCCGGAGGAACUGAAGAAAGUGCUUCGGUCGGUGGCGUCCGAACUGGGGGAUGUGAUCGACGACAUGGAUGCAAUUCAGGUGGUCCCUCUGCAGGGGGCCAUGACUAAUGAGGUGUACCAGAUAAAUUGGCCGUUGAAUGAUGAGCGCGAUCUCGUCCGGAAGGUUUUGGUUAGGAUUUACGGCGAAGGCGUCGAGCUCUUCUUCAACCGGGACGAUGAGCUGCGGACGUUUGAGUGCAUGUCGAAGCAUGGGCAAGGGCCUCGUUUGCUCGGCCGGUUUUCAGUCGGAAGGGUGGAGGAGUUCAUUCAUGCAAGGACACUCUCGGCUGCUGAUCUCCGUGAUCCGGAUGUUUCUGCUCUAAUAGCAAGUAAACUGAGAGAGUUCAACAAUCUCGAGAUGCCUGGUUCGAAGAAUGUUCUCCUCUGGGACAGAAUAAGAAAUUGGCUCAAAGAAGCAAGAUCUUUGUGCACCCAUAAGGACGCAAAAGAAUUUCGUUUAGAUGCUCUGGAGGAGGAAAUUUGUUUGCUCGAGAAGGAGUUGACGAGGGACGACCAAGCCAUUGGCUUCUGCCACAAUGAUCUGCAAUAUGGAAACAUAAUGAUGGAUGAAGAGACAAGAUUGAUCACCCUUAUUGAUUACGAGUAUGCAAGUUACAACCCUGUUGCAUUUGAUAUAGCAAAUCAUUUCUGUGAGAUGGCAGCAAAUUAUCAUACCGAAACACCUCAUAUUUUGGACUUUGGCGCUUAUCCAGGCUUAGAGGAGCGCAAGAGAUUUGUGCGCAAUUACCUUAGCUCGGGAGGCGACCAACCUAACGACACUGAAAUAAACCAGCUCGUCGAAGAUGCAGAGAAGUACACCCUUGCAAACCAUCUCCAUUGGGGUUUGUGGGGUAUAAUUUCGGGCUAUGUGAACAACAUCGACUUUGACUACAGGGAGUAUGCGUGGCAAAGAAUUCAGCAAUACUGGCUGAGGAAGCCUGCUCUAUUGGGCUCGGGCCGUGUUUGCGGUGAAUAGAUAUAGACGGACACGAAGAAGCUCGACCGAAUAAGGCUGCCAUAUGAUGAUUGCUUUGCCAGAGUCUUGCGUAUAGGUCAGUGAUGUGUAGUUGGCUUGCUAUUUGUAGAAUGGAUAUAGAUUGCAUGUAUAAAAGCAUCGAGCUUCUGCGGGCGAUGUUGUAUUUGGUAUGAUAUGACUCCAAAUAUAAGAGCAAUGGUUUUUGCUGGUUUGUUUCUUCUAA